AUGGAUCUCUCGGAGGCGCACAAGGAAUACGUCAAGCGCAUGCUCGACGUCGCGAAGGGCGGCAUGAAGGCCCUGGUGUGCGAUCCGGUGACGGUGAACAUAUUGAGUGUGGUGAUGUCACAGAGCGAAGUUCUCGCGCGUGAGGUGUUUUUGAUCGAGCAGUUGCACGAGCGCCCGCACGAGGAGAUGCCGCACCUGAAGGCGGUGGUGUUCGUGAGGCCGACGAGGGAAAACGUGCGAACGCUCGGGAAACAGUUGAAACAGCGGACGUACGGAGAGUAUCACGUCUUCUUUUCGAACGUGUGCCCAGAAGGAUUGCUGCAGGAGCUCGCGGCGGAGGAUGACGACGAGCUCGUGGUGCAGGUGCAAGAGUAUUACGCGGACGCGACGGCGGUGGAUCGAAACACGUUUGCGCUAGAGUUGGGAGAGUCGAAUAGCGCGCUCAUGAACCCGGGGCAGUGGUCUCGCAGCGUGGGGAUGGCGGUAGAUAGAUGUGUGGAAGGAAUCACGAGCGUGUUGCUGUCGCUGAAGCGUAGACCGUUCAUUAGGCACCAGCGCUCGAGUGAGGCGGCGAGACGACUGGCGGCGGACGUCGCGAGAGUGGUGUACGAGCAAGAGGCGGGAUUGUUUGAUUUCCCUCGCGCGGAUGGCGCGGCGCAUUUAUUAGUUCUCGAUCGUUUCGACGACGCCGUCACGCCGCUGCUGUCGCAGUGGACCUAUCAAGCCAUGGUGCACGAGAUUUUUGGCAUUUCGAGCACGAACAGAGUAGAUUUACGGCACGUCAAGGCGCUGAGCAAAGAGCUUCGUGAACUCGUGCUGAGCGCGCGCGAGGAUGCAUUUUUCGCAGAGAACAUGUACGCCAACUACGGCGAUUUGGGGGCGAGCGUCAAGGCUUUGGUGGAUGAGUUCCAACAACAGACAAAGAUGAGCAAGAAGAUUGAAUCCAUAGACGACAUGGCGCGAUUCGUGGAAUCGUACCCAGAGUUUAGGGCGAAGAGUGGAAAUGUCUCCAAACACGUCGCGCUGAUGUCCGAACUGAGCUCUGUGAUAUCACAGCGGCGUCUGAUGGCGGCGUCGCAGGUUGAACAAGAGGUUGUGUGCGGCACGGAUCGCGCCGGCGCGUUUACGCAAGUCGUCGACGCGCUACGCAAUCCACAGCUUCUAGAGGAGGAGCGACUGAAACUCGUGCUGCUGUUCGCGUUGCGCUACGAAAAUGAGCAAAGCCAAAUCGCAGACUUGACGGAAAUUCUCAUGCAACAAGGCGUCAGUCGCUCGCGCAUCGGACUCGUGCGCACAAUUUUAAAGCACGGCGGGGAAGCCGCGCGCACGGGCGAUUUGUUCGGCAACCGCUCAUUCCUCGGCCGUGCGAGCAAGGUCGUCGGCAGUCUCAAAGGCGUCGAAAACGUCUACACGCAGCACCAACCGCUGUUAAGUUCGACGAUUCAAUCCGCCGCCAAGGGCUCGCUGAAAAAUGAAGAUUAUCCAUUCGUCGGCCCGUCGCCCAACGGCGCCGCCGCCGCCAAGCCCACCGAACUCAUCGUCUUCAUCAUCGGUGGCAUUUGCUACGAAGAGACCAAGGUAUGCGAGCAGUUUAAUGCCCUCAAAACCGGUGUCACCGUCGUCCUCGGCGGCUCCACCGUCUUAAACGCGCGAGCCUUCGUCGACGAUUUACGAAAGCUUCAAGAAGCAGGCGGAUAGCCGACAUCGAGUCGCCGACGCCGAGCCGCCGACGGCGUCCCCACCACCCCCGCGAACCUCGCGAACGACACCACCCUCCAAAUGAAUAAAAUAUCGCGUCAUUAUCGCUCCGUUCUCGUCUGGUCCGUCUUCGCUCUCGCGCGCGACGGGCGUCGGGUCGCCUCGGGUUUGCCGGCUCGCGGUCGCCUCGGCCUCGCCUCACACCUCGUCCGCGAUGUCCGACGCCGAGCCCUCGGCUCGGUCCGGACCGAGCGAUGUCCGUCACGCGCGCAACCGCAGCCUCAG